AACGCCGGGGUAAGCCACAAGUCAAGGUGUGACCCGCCAUUGAACACUAUGUGGAGCGCUUAAUAAGAGCCGUAAACUGUACUACACGGUCAGGUGGAGCGCUUUAGUACAGGUACGCAGUAUGUCCUUAAUCGAGUAAAGCGCACACAACACUAUAGUGUUUCGGCUGUAGUGUAUUUUUGAAAAUAUAACUCUACUGUAACUUUAGCCAAAAUAAAAACACAAUUUACAACCAUUUGUUACCCCGUCAUAGGAAAAACAAUGGUCAAUUUUAUUUUAUUUUGCGAAAUAAGUUUCAGUAAAGGUUAACAAAUUAAUUGUGACACUGGACUGAGCACUUAGUACAGAUAAAUCGUGCGACACAUGCGUUUAGGCUUAAGACCCUAUUCAAAAAAACUAUUGAAGCUUUGGUUUACAAAACACAGGAUACACUCUGUUGAAACGGCGGGUUAAGCCACAAGUAGCUGUGUUACCCAGCGUUAAACACCAAAUUGAGUGAUUAAUAAGAACCGUCAACUGUGCCACACAUUCAGGUAAAGCGCUUUAGUACAGCCAUAUAGUGUGUAGAAAAUCAAGUGAAGUGCACACAACUUUAUGGUGUUUCCGGUGUAAUAUACUAUUCAAAAAAUAACUUUCGACAACUUAGGUAAAAUAAAAACCCAGAUUACAAUUCAAUGUUACCCCAUCAUAGCGAAAGCAGCUGGCCAACCUUCUUUAUUUUUCAGGGAAUGUUCCCGAGAAAAGUUCAAAAAAAUGUUAAGCUGAGUGCUUAGUAUAGGUAAACAGUGUGUACUUUUUUUCUGUAAAAAAUGUUAUCACAACUUCGGUUAAACAGAAACACAGGAAACAGCCUGUUGUUACCACCGGACUAUGCGCUUAGUACAGCUAGACUGUGUCGCACAUGAGUAUAGACGAAUUUCAAUGUUUACAUUUUUCGGCACUUCUGCGCAUGCGCGGCUUGCCGUAAAAAUCGACAGGCAAAACAUUAGCCGCGCCUUCGUUAUUUCAUAAGGAAGUUAUCGAAGAGGGAAGACGUGUUGUGAUAGUUAGAGAGAAAAAACUUAAAAUUAUUUAAAAUAUUCGUCGUAAACGUUGAAGUACUGAUUGUGGAAGGAUGCCUGAUAGUUGCUGUGUACCGAAUUGUACGAACAGACGCAAGAAAGGCGAUGGAAGUGGUGGUUUUUUUCGAAUUCCUUCGAAGAAAUACCCAGACGUCAGAAAAAGAUGGUUGACUGCGAUUGGCAGGGUGGAUUGGCCAGAACAGCUAAUUGGAAAUGCUAAAGUAUGCCAUCUGCAUUUCACAUCUGGAAAAAAAUCAAAGGACCCACUGAGCCCUGAUUUUGUGCCAUCAGUUUUCGACCGAAUUGGGAAAAAAAUGAGUGAGGAAAAAAAGAAAGAGAAACAGGAUCGAUUCCAACGUGCACGUCUGAGAGUUAAGCAGCGCUCAAAUCUUCCUGUUGUGGAAGAGCCCAGUGAAGUUUUGGAACCAGAGGAGGAAGAGCUAAGCCCACAAGAUAUGGAGAUUGAAAAAUUAAAACAAAAAGUGACAGAAAUAGAGAAUGUUGUGAAAGAAAAAGAAAAUAACAUCAAGGAAGUGACUCGAAAAUACUGUAGCAUCCAAAAUGAACUUGUCAACAGGAUGGCUGAAAUCCAUCAGUUAAAAAAUAAAAGCAAUUUGUCAAGAAAAUUCCAACUAAAUUAUGGACAUUUGAAAAGUCACAAAAAUUAUUUUUAUUUUUAUACUGGAUUGGACCAAGCACGCUUCAACUGGGUAUUUGCAAUUAUCAAAAAUAAAAUGAAACGUAUCAGCAGAAUAUUGACACCGAAAGAUCACCUUGUUUUUGUCCUGGUAAAAUUGAAACUUGGCUUGUAUAACAAAGAUAUCGCUUUCAGGUUUGGAAUUACAUGCAAAAUGGUCACCAAAAUUUAUCGAAGCUUGCUUAAAGUAUUAUCAAAAUCUUUACUUUUUUUAAUUGUGUGGCCUGAGAAGGAAGCUAUACGUAAGCAUAUGCCGAAGUGUUUCAAAAAGUACCUAAGUUGUCGCUGCAUCAUUGACUGCACUGAGAUAUUCAUACAACGUCCAUUAAAUCUCAAUGCCAGAGCACAGACAUGGUCUAAUUACAAGAAUACUAAUACCAUCAAGUAUUUGGUUGCAUGUUCUCCAACAGGAAGUGUUAGUUUCCUAUCAGAAGGAACAAUAAAAAGUGGUUUUUUGUAUUUAGUCGAAAAUGGAGAUCUUGUUUUGGCUGAUCGAGGAUUCCUUAUCGAGCAAGAGUUGGCAACACGAGGCGUGGUAUUAAAAAUACCUGAAUUUACCAGAGGGAAGGAACAAAUGUCAGCAAUGGAUGUAGAUCGAUCUCGAAAAAUAGCCAAUGUUCGAAUCCACAUUGAGAGAGUUAUUGGACGUUUGAGAAAGUUUGAAAUUUUGAACACAACCAUACCUAUCACUCAAGUAGAUUUAUUGGACGAUGUGUUUAUCGUUAUAUGUGCUUUGGUGAACUUGAACAAAGGCAUUAUAUAA